AUGGUGAAUGAGAUGCAGAACAAGAAGCCAAGAAUGAGCAAUCAAUCCUGGAGAAAGAAGCCUCGCAAGUUCGCUCCGAAGUCCAAACUAGGAUGUAAGACGUGCAAAAUAAGACGAAUUAAAUGCGAUUUAGCUCGACCCUCGUGCGUGAAAUGCUUUUCAACCGGUCGCACUUGCGAUGGCUAUAGUGAAAUGCUCUUCACUUUCAAGAUCGAGAAGACCGAGAAGGAAUCAACUCAUCAUCACAGAGAGAUCGUCGACAGAGCAGAUACCUGCAACAGUUACCACCCCCGUACCGCGAUCAGCAUGUACGAGUCCGCGCCAUGGCGCUCGAAUUACCAUGCUCUCAAUUUGCAUAAUCUCGGAUCUUUUAUGACCUUGCCAGCGAGUGGGUCAAAUGAGGGAGAGGUAAUGUGCUUUUUCAGGGAUGUUUCAAUCAAGCAUCUGAAUGAAUACCGCCCUUGCGAAUCAUGGCGAAAUGCUCUCAUGUUCUUCGCCCAGACAGUGCCAUCAGUGCGGCAUGCUGUCAUCGGUCUGGCCUUGGUUCACCAGAAGUAUUACCUGAAUUGUCACUCGAACGAUCAAUUCCAGUAUCAACCACAUUACUUGAAAGACCGACUAUCGGAUCAAGCCCCUUUGCUUCACUAUAACCGCGCCAUCCAACUUCUGUUGAACCCGGAGAAGCGUGACAGCGCCGAAACCACAGCGAUCACACUGUUGAUCUGUUACCUCUUCACCUGUUUCGAUCAUCUGGCGGGCGACAACGUCCAAGCCGUGAAGCACCUGCGCGGAGGUGUGGCGCUCUCCCGCAGCAUCAUCAACAACCCUACUUCGAACCGCUAUACCGAUGACGAUGCCCCACCCUCAGGAAUUCACGCGGUUAUUAACCAGGUCACACAACAUAUCCGCCGCCUAGACAUGCAGGCCGUGAUGUUCCUGGUCGACUGGACUCCCGCAGACCUACAGGAGACACUCACGAUGUCCCGUCUUGCCGCCUUCGACAACAGUCCCUUCCGGUCCCUCGACCAAGCCGCCGACUACCUCCAGAUCACCGUCACUCAGGUAAUGCGUCUUCGCAACACCGGUAACCAAAUUUCACCGACGGGUACGAUGCCGCCGUUGCCUUCUUCCCUCAACCACACCGUCCGCGGGCAGCUGGAAACGUGGUUGCGUCGCUUCGAAGCCCUCCUCCUGCUGUCAGGCAGCAGCAGCCCCUCCGCAUCAUCAGACUCUACAACCAACCCGCUCAUAUCCCUCCUCCGCUUGCAACAUACGAUUGCAUCGGUCCUUCUCGAGGGAUACGGACCCGGCCGAGAAAUGGACUAUGAUAAGUUCCUGCCCCAGUUUUGGCAAUGCGUCGCACUGGCGAGCGAGGUCGCGGCGGCGCAUCAUCGGUAUGCGGGAUCGUCGUCACGCGCGACAUUCACGCCUGAGAUCGGAUUCAUCCCCGUUCUUUACAUCGUCGGAGUCAAGUGCCGGCAUCCGGUCGUCCGUCGUCAAGUCCUCGAUAUUUUGCGCCGGCAACCGAUGCGGGAAGCGGCGUGGGAUAGCAUCUUGACUGCUCGGGUCGUGGGACGUGUCAUCGAGAUUGAAGAGGGUGGUGAUGAUGCGGCUGGGCAAGAGCCGAUGGUAUCAAAAUGUAUGGAAGAGAUUCCCAUAUGGCAGAGGAUUGAGGCAUUGUCGUAUACGUAUAUCCCGGGAGAAAGGGGGUCUGCGGCUAGGUUGGAGAUUGAGUAUACAUUCUGCGCCCGGGAGGGAGUACACAUCGAGUCACUCAUAUUAUAA